AUGCUCAUACGCGGCGUUUUCUCUGGCAAGACAACAACACCACUAACCCGUAAUCAAUUAGAAAUUACUUGUUCAGAAUUUUUUGUUAGUAGAGAUCAACGCAGGAAAUAUGCCACUGAAGCAGAGCAUAAUAAAGAUCAACCGCCCAACGCAGAACAUAAGAAAGAUCAGUCACCCAACGCAGAGCAAAAAAGAGAUCAACCCUCCAACGCAGAUGGAGGCUUCUUCACAGACAAUAAGGGAGGCAGCAGCAAAAACCCUGAAGAAAUCAAAGCUAAAACAAAAGUUCCCAAGGGAUUCGAGAAUUUUUUCAAUAAAGGACGUGGGCAAGCGCCGCCUGUGCGGAAUGGUUCUGAACCAAAGCCGAAGUUGGGCGCUGAGAACACGCCUCCUAAACCACCUCCACAACCAAAGGAAAUCUGGACUAUGACGCUGAAUGCGAAUACACUACUUCCCUUAAUAUUUUCCGCAUACAUUCUAUAUAGAGUAGUCGGUGGAGGCGACAAUUCGAGGGAGAUCACAUGGCAAGAAUUUCGAACUGCAUUUUUGGAGAAGGGACUGGUAGAUAAGUUAGUUGUAAUAAAUAGAAAAAAAGUGAGAGUAUAUCUACAUUCUAAUGCAACAGGCCAGAUGUAUCCUAAUGCGCCUACUGUUCCUGGAGCUACGUAUUACUUUAGCAUUGGUUCUAUCGAGGCAUUUGAGAGAAAACUGGAUGAGGCACAGAACGAAUUGAACAUUUUACCUUCGGAACGUAUUCCCGUUGCUUAUCAUGACGAGAUUAGCGUUAUGAGCACUCUAUUACAUUUCGCGCCGACGCUAUUACUUGCUGGUGCUCUUUUCUAUAUUACAAGGAGAGCUGGUGGAGCAGCUGGCUCUCAAGGGAUCUUUGGUAUAGGAAAAUCAAAGGCCAAAUUGUUUAAUCAGGAAACUGACGUGAAAGUUAAAUUUAAGGAUGUCGCUGGCAUGGAUGAAGCAAAGGAGGAAAUUAUGGAAUUUGUUAAAUUUCUCAAAGAUCCGACAGCCUAUGAGAGAUUGGGUGCCAAGAUACCCAAGGGAGCUAUUCUCAGUGGUCCGCCUGGUACAGGAAAGACUCUUCUUGCGAAAGCUACAGCGGGUGAAGCGGGAGUACCUUUUCUGAGUGUAUCAGGAAGUGAAUUCGUGGAGAUGUUUGUUGGUGUGGGUCCAUCGCGUGUGCGUGAUUUGUUUGCUAAUGCUAAGAAGCAUGCCCCUUGUAUCAUAUUCGUUGAUGAGAUUGAUGCGAUUGGUAAGUCACGUGGUAAAAUGGGACAAUUUGGAGGGAAUGACGAGAGAGAAAGUACAUUGAAUCAGUUGCUUGUUGAGAUGGACGGAUUUGGGUCGAGCGAACAUGUGGUAGUGUUAGCUGGUACCAACCGUCCGGAUGUAUUAGAUCCUGCUCUUAUGCGCCCUGGUCGAUUUGAUAGACACAUUGCUAUUGAUAAACCUGAUAUUAAAGGACGUAGUGCAAUCUUCAAAGUUCAUCUGAAACCAAUAAAAACAAAAGAAGACAUUGAUAGAAUAUCAAAUAAGUUAGCAGCAUUAACACCUGGGUUUAGUGGAGCAGAUAUCGCUAACGUAUGUAAUGAGGCUGCAUUGAUUGCGGCCAGAUAUCAUCGCGAGUGGGUAGAAGAAGAACAUUUUGAACAAGCUAUUGAAAGGGUGAUUGCCGGAUUAGAAAAAAAGAGUCGAGUGCUAUCACCUGCAGAAAAGAAGACAGUUGCAUAUCACGAAGCAGGACAUGCUGUAGCCGGAUGGUAUCUUGAGCAUGCCGAUCCGCUUUUGAAAGUGUCUAUUAUUCCACGGGGUAUUGGUGCGUUGGGAUAUGCUCAAUAUCUCCCUAAAGACCAGUAUUUAUAUUCUACUGCUCAGUUACUCGACCGCAUGUGCAUGACUCUUGGCGGACGUGUAUCCGAGCAAAUAUUCUUUGGAGUUAUCACUACGGGAGCGCAGGAUGAUUUGCAAAAAGUAACGAAGUUGGCGUAUGCGCAGAUAUCUACGUACGGAAUGAAUUCAAAUAUAGGUCCAUUGUCAUUCCAAGGAUCCAAUGAGACUGAGCCACAGUUUCAGAAACCAUAUUCGGAGGAGACGGCAAGGAUGAUUGAUGAUGAAGUGCGUCAAUUAGUGUCACGUGCGUAUGAUAGGACAGUUGCUCUGUUGACUGAGAGGAAGAACGAAGUUGAGAAAGUAGCUCAAUUGCUAUUAUCCAAAGAAGUUCUUAACAGGGAAGAUAUGCAUACACUAUUAGGGAAAAGACCCUUCCCAGAUAAGACACCAUACGACGAGUAUGUUAACCCAGAGUCACCAAAUGAUCAAACGCCACCACCGACGGAAAAAGGAGAUGGAGAAAGUAGUCAACCGUCAACAUAG